AUGCGACAAAUUGGGCUUUCUAAAAAUGAUAUGCUACAGUGGAGACAAAAUAAUCUUCAAAACCAUUUUGGGUUGGCCCCCAUAGCCCAUGAAUCUGGCAACAUUGAUGACAGUCUUGCCAUUAUGACAGGAAGACCCACCUGGAACCAUGUUAGUGCACAAAAGCAUCUGCCCAUUUUAAUUACGGUAGACAGGUUACUCUCGUUCUCGUCGGAGCCGGCCUCCGACAAGUGGCGCCCGAACAGGGACCUGAAAACACUGAAGGCUGCCCGAACCACAGGAAAGACGCUGAUAGCCCUCGCUGGUUACCGGAGCGGUGUGUCCGCCAUGCCCAAAAGUCGGGUGGCUCGACUACGCAGAAAAAUGAUGAGGCUGAGGAUAACGCCUCGAUGCAGGAAUGAGUUUGAUCGGAAGAUCCUUACACUGCAUUCCCUGGCGCACCUUUGCUCCAUAUUCUGGAUCAUCUUUUUUCCUUUUGUGCCGGUGUCGGGAGACAACUAUUGGGCUUAUGUCCCUAACCCACCUUUGCUGCACCCAGUCACCUGGGAGGAUGAUCGUGUUCCAAUAUAUACCAACAACACUUUAUUCAAAAUCUUAAAAUGCAGUUCCCGACUUUGCAACAGUUAAGCACUCAUUUGAUCUACUUAGGAAUAUUGGCUCUUGGUGUAAUCCUUGUAUCUCUUGCUCUCAUCACUGGCUGUAAAAUUGUCUUGACCCAUUUCACGAAAUUAUUUGUUGCUGUUAAAAAAUUACAA